AUGAUUGCCUGGCUACAUUUUUUCUCGGAGCGCCCACCCGAUCCGGAGUCCAAAAGUGAUGGGGACAAGUUUAAUUUUUAUCCGGAAAAUUCCCAAGCAGUCCAACUCAACACCGAGAUUGAGCGCUACACCAAUGGUGAUUUUCCCAUAGACAAGAAGGGUUGUGUCUUAGCUUGGUGGAAGGCUCCUCUUCCGCUCACAAGUCUCGAAAUCGUCAAUCAUUAUCACUCUGCUUAUUUUAAGUAG